UCCGAGCAGGGUGCAGACCGGACCUGGUGGGGAACAGUUUGGAGCAGGAGCAAUGAGGGGAAGUUGCACCGCCCCGGUUCAGGCAGCAGGGCUGGAGCAGAUAAAAGCUCAGAUAGUGAUUGAAAGUGAUGGUAAAAGGAUUUAGCCUGGGCAUUAACUGAGAGAGGGAGAGAGAGAUAGAUAGAGAGAGAGAGAGAGAGAGAGAGAGAGAGAGAGGGCGAGAGAGAGAGAGGGGAGGAGGAGGAGAAGGAGGGAGGGUGAUAUUUUCCAUAAAGCCUUUUUUUCUCCUCUCUUUCUUUCUGCCCUUGAGCAUCCCGGGUAAACCCGAGCUUGUAAAGUGGGAAAAGGAGGAGGAGAGGGGGGAAGAAGGGCGGGCACAAGCAUUUCCUCAAAGUCAAUAUUUUAUACUUUUGAUACUCCUUGACGCUGGAUUUCAGUCCUCUUUUUCCAGCCGUUUCUACAUGUAGGACACCGAUCUACCGUGCGCAGCCGUCCACGGUGUGAUAAAAAAGUAUCCGGCAGAAGGCAAAAACAAACAGCGAGCCGGGCAGGCAGAUAACGGGAGUACAGAGAGGACCGCGGCGGGGAGCGAGUGCAGUGGAUGAUCGGGGAGAUCUUUUUGCCCAAAGAGGGGGGACGUGCACGUACUCCAAGGCCACACAAAGUGCUGACCUGUCUCACGGAUGCAUGUUAGAAGACAAUCAGAGGAGCUCGGCCAGUGCAAAACAUCCAAUGGAUAUACCUGAAGACGCAGCAACCUCUCCUUCAUCCUCCCCGACCAGCUCCACUGUUUCCCUGCAGGACACCGCUCUCUGAGACAUGGACCCGCGUUAACAUCUCCUACCCAACUCCCUGCAACACUAUGGUUAAAGUGUAUGCCGAGAUUAAUCUCUGUAACAUUAUCCGACUCUCCACCCACCGCCCAUCUUCCUCAGGAAGUCAGCCGUCAAAACAAGAAAGCGUCCCUCUCUCGGCUCUCUGGGGGCCGUCAAUAUUUGUGAAGAGACACUGAGCGAAAGUUGCCGAUACAGUGUUCUCCUGUCAUUUAGGGAAUUUAUAAGCCUGGAGGCGAGUUGUGUCAAUUUACUUGCAUCUCUCCAUUCACAGUAGGCCUACAGCAGCAUGGUGGUAGGGAUGUCCACUAUUUCCUUAUGAUCACCGCUCCAUGCGCUUCACCUCUCCUCUGAGCUCCGUGGCCCCCUCACCCUGUGCCGGACCCCGCUCCAAACACCCCCCAGCCUGCCAUGCUCCUCCAGGCCGUGUUUCUGCUGCUGCUGCACUGCUUGGCCUCCACUCUGGGCCAGUACGAACUGUGCAAGUCCCUGGUGAGCACGGAUGAGGGCUCGGUGUGGGAGCAGUACGCUUGCCAGCCGAAAUCCGCGUCCAUGAAAGACUACAUGCGGAUCAAGGUGGAUCCACCCGGAAUCACGUGUGGAAACCCACCGGAGAGGUUCUGCACUCUGGAGAAUCCAUACCUGUGCAGUGACGAGUGUGAUGCCUCUAACCCAGACUUGGCCCACCCGCCUCAGCUGAUGCAGGACCGUGAACGUAACGGCCUACUCACCUACUGGCAGACAGUCACAUGGAGACGCCACCCAGAGCCCCUGCUGGCCAACAUCACCAUGUCCUGGAACAAGAGUCUGGAGCUCACAGACGACAUCCAGAUCACCUUUGAGUACGGCCGUCCUACUAUCAUGGUACUGGAUAAGUCCAUGGACCACGGACGCUCCUGGCAGCCCUACCAGUUCUAUGCUGACGACUGCAUGGACGCCUUCAACAUGCCACCCAAACGUGUGCGUGACCUUUCGCCUGCCAACAUCACACGGGUCAUCUGCACCGAGCUGUACUCACGCUGGGUCGGCUCCAAGAGCGACAAGAACGUGAAGUUCGAGGUGCGGGCACGCUUUGCUGUGUUUGCAGGACCACGGCUACUGAACAUGGACAGCCUGUACACUCGCAUGGAAAGUAUGAAGGGACUGAGGGACUUCUUCACCUUCACCAACCUUAGGAUGAGGCUUCUCAGGCCUGCUCUCGGAGGCACCUAUGUCCAGAGAGACAACCUGCUCAAGUACUUCUAUGCCAUCUCCAACAUCGAGGUACCUGCCAGGUGUAAGUGUAACCUCCAUGCCUCCCAGUGCCUGCUGCAGGAUGGGAACCUCCAGUGCCAGUGUGAACACAACACCACUGGCCAGGACUGCCAGCGCUGCAGGAAGGGCUUCAAAGCAAAAUCCUGGAAGGCUGGUUCCUACCUGCCAACACCCAAUGGAACCCCCAACACCUGUACAAUUGCUGGUUCACCCUCCGGUUCUAAGUCCGUUGCCUCCAGCAGCACAGUUUUUGGGGUUGGAAACUCACAUUUCAGCUCUCUAAACCCUCUAAGUGAUCCAAGUGAAGCAACUGAUGCAACAGACACCAGAGCUCCACCAGCAGAAACCAGAGCUACAGAGAGCUCAACCUCUCUAACAGACAAUGUGUUACCCACCAGCCCUUUGUCUGAGCCUACACUUGUACCCAUGGGAGAAUCUGACACACUUCCUGUUACAGCGGAGGUUCUCCCUCCUUCAGCAUCCUCUCUGUCAGAGGAGCACCCAGAUUCCCUGACACCAGAGGAGUUCACACUUUCAGAAACAAUCCCCGAACAUUCACAUCUGUCUCAGCCAGUCCCAAAGGAGUCCCCACAUCAUUCAGCUGUUGAUCAUCAUCAUCACCACAACCACCAUUCAAUGACAGUAGAGCCCAUCCUCCAUCCCCUGACUCACUCUCACCAUCAUACAAGCCUGCUCAAAACUGAGGAAAAACACUCAGAGCCAAGGCAUAGUGAGAGAGGAGUCUCGCAGUCUGAGGGACACGUACAUGAGACUCAUGGUCACAAAACAACAACCUCAUCUGAGCACAGGGAGGAAAGGGAAGAAGAGGAGGGGAAAAAAAGAAUAACUGAAAAGACAGUUCCCCACAAGUCUGAGGAACACGUACAUGAGACUCAUGGUCACAAAACAACAACCUCAUCUAAACACCAGGAGGAAAGGGAGGAAGAGGAAAAAGAAAGCAAAGCUGAAAGGAAAGGUAUCUUUUCUAUUUGCAGUGGUGGCAAUCUUCUCAUAAAACCUCAUAUUUUUGCUUGUUAUGUCAACGACGAUUGUGGUGUUUCAGUCUCCCAUAAUUUUGAGGGACACGAACAUGAGACUCAUGGCCACAAAACAACAAUUUCAUCGGAACACGGGGAGAAAAGGGAGGAGGAGGAGAAAAAAGAAAGCAAAGCUGAAAGGAAAGUCUCCCUCAAUUUUGGGGGGCACGUACAUGAGACUCAUGGCCACAAAACCUCAUCUGAGCACGGGGAGAAAACAGAGGAGGAGGAGCAUAAAGAAAGAAAAACUGAGGAGACAGAACACGUACAUGAAGGUCAUGGCCACAAAACAACAACCUCAUCUGAGCACGGGGAGGAAAGGGAGGAGGAGCAUAAAGUCUCCCACAUGUCUGAGGGACAAGUACAUGAGACUCAUGGCCACAAAACAACAACCUCAUCUGAGCACAGGGAGGAAAGGGAGGAGGAGAAGGAGCAUAAAGAAAGAAAAACAGAGGAGACAGUUUCCCACAUGUCUGAGGAACACGUACAUGAGACUCAUGGCCACAAAACAACAACCUCAUCUGGGCACGGGCAAGAAAGGGAGGAGGAGCAUAAAGUUCCCCACAACUCUGAAGGACACGAACAUGAGACUCAUGGUCACAAAACAACAACCUCAUCUGAGCAUGGGGAGAAAAGGGAGGAGGAGGAAAGAAAAGUCUCCCAUAAUAUUGAGGAACAUGUACAUGAGACUGAUGGCCACAAAACAACAACCUCAUCUCAGCAUGGGGAGGAAAGGGAGGAGGAGAAAGCAAGAAACCCUGAAAAGAAAGUCUCCCACAUGUCUGAGGAACACGUACAUGAGACUCAUGGCCACAAAACAACAUCCUCAUCUGGGCACAGGCAGGAAAGCGAGGAGGAGCAUAAAGUCUCCCACAAGUCUGAGGAACACCUACAUGAGACUCAUAGCCACAAAACAACAACCUCAUCUGGGCACGGGCAGGAAAAGCAGGAGGAGCAUAAAGUUCCCCACAACUCUGAGGAACAUUUACAUGAGACUCAUGGCCACAAAACAACAACCUCAUCUGGGCACGGGCAGGAAAGCGAGGAGGAGCAUAAAGUCUUCCACAUGUCUGAGGAACAUGUACAUGAGACUCAUAGCCACAAAGCAACAACCUCAUCUGGGCACGGGCAGGAAAGGGAGGAGGAGCACAAAGUUCCCCACAACUCUGAGGAACAUUUACAUGAGACUCAUGGCCACAAAACAACAACCUCAUCUGUGCACGGGCAGGAAAGCGAGGAGGAGCAUAAAGUUCCCCACAACUCUGAGGGACACGUACAUGAGACUCAUGGCCACAAAACAACAACCUCAUCUGGGCACGGGCUGGAAAGGGAGGAGGAGCACAAAGUUCCCCACAACUCUGAGGGACAUUUACAUGAGACUCAUGGCCACAAAACAACAACCUCAUCUGGGCACGGGCAGGAAAGGGAGGAGGAGCAUAAAGUCUCCCACAAGUCUGGGGAACACGUACAUGAGACUCAUGGCCACAAAACAACAACCUCAUCUGGGCACGGGCAGGAAAGGGAGGAAGAGCACAAAGUUCCCCACAAUUCUGAGGGACAUUUACAUGUGACUCAUGGCCACAAAACAACAACCUCAUCUGGGCACGGGCAAAAAAAGGAGGAGGAGCAUAAAGUCUCCCACAAGUCUGAGGAACAUGUACAUGAGACUCAUAGCCACAAAGCAACAACCUCAUCUGGGCAUGGGCAGGAAAGGGAGGAGGAGCACAAAGAAAGAAAAGCUGAAAGUAAAGUUUCCCACAGUUUUGAGGGACAUGUACAUGAGACUCAUGGCCACAAAACCUCAUCUGAGCAUGGGGAGGAAAAGGAGGAGCAUAAAGAAAAAAAAGCUGAAAGGAAAGUCUCCCACAAGUCUGAGGGACAUGUACAUGAGAGUCAUGGCCAUAAAACCACAACCUCAUCGGAGCACGGGGAAGAGGAGCAUAAAGAAAUUAAAGUCCCCCACAAGUCUGAGGGACACAUACAUGAGACUCACGACCACAAAAGAACAACCUCAUCUGAGCAUGGGCAGAAAGGGACGGAGGAGGAAAGAAAAGUCUCCCUCAAUUUUGAGGAACACGUACAUGAGACUCAUGGCCACAAAACCUCAUCAGAGCACGGGGAGAAAAGGGAGGAGGACAAGCAUAAAGAAAGCAAAGCUGAAAAGACAGUGCACCAUGUCAUUAAAAAACCUGAGAGGGAAAGAGGGAGUCAUGAGACCCCAAAACACACUCAUGGGAAAGAGGAUGAAGACAGAGAAGAGAGAGAAAGAGCGAAAAGGAAAGGGCUUCUGAAACUCUUGAUCUCAGGAGAGCCCCAGGCCAGACAGUUGUUUGGGAUCAUAUAUGAUGAUUUCAAAGACUGUGAGUGCUACGGCCACUCCAAUCGCUGCAGCUACAUCGACUACCUGAACAUCGUCACAUGCGUCAGCUGCAAGCACAACACCAGGGGCCAGAACUGCCAACACUGCAGACUGGGAUACUUCCGCAACGCCUCUGCCGAACUGGAUGAUGAGAGCGUCUGCAUCGAGUGUAACUGCAACCAGAUGGGUUCUGUUCAUGACCGGUGUAACGGCACAGGCUUCUGCCAGUGUAAAGACGGUGCCACAGGGGCCAAGUGUGACGACUGUCUACCGGGAUUCUACUGGAAACAAGGCUGUUACUUGAACGUUUGCGACGAGGAGAUGCUCCUGUGCCAGAACGGAGGAACGUGCUACCAGAACCAGAAGUGCAUCUGUCCUCCAGAGUUUAAGGGGGUACUGUGCCAACACUCCCGCUGCGAGGCGGGCAAGGACUGCAACGGCGCUUCUUCCAUGCACCUCUCCACGUCCACCCUGCUGCUCUGCACUCUGCUAGCCCACCUGCUGGCCAUGUUAACUCCUCACUGAGCCACGAUAACCCCCUCAGACCAAGGAGUGUGUGUAUGUGUGUGUGUACGUGAGGCGAGGGGUGACCCAGAGUGGGUAGGGCCGUCCCAGUCAUGGACCCAACGAACACGCACUCGCAAAAGCGCACACACAACACUAACUAUCCCCAGUCUCCUUUCAAACACACAUACACACACACACCUCACAGGACUGUUAUGAUACUGAGUGUGUGCUCAGGUGUGAGAAGGACAGAGAAAAAAGGGGAGAGACCUCAGAGAAAAGAGAUGCAGAUGAAAGGGGAAAAAAGCAUACUAACCACUGUUCCCUUUAUUCCUGAGCUGGAGCAAUGUGCAUCAAACCAAAAAGCAUAAACAAAACACUUAAAUCACCACUGUUUCACUUCAAAGGGAAUGGCUGUUGUAACCACAAGGACUUUUUCUUUUUUUCUUGGUUGAGUUAAGGAUCUCGCCUCCGUUAGACUGACGGCCAACAUGUGUGUUAUCAGACUCAGUGAGAGUACAAAACGUGUCGACAAGACGGACAGGUCGGGAGGCGAGGUGCGCGUUUGAUCCUGCUGCUGAGGCCUACAUAGUAUAUUAACCAGGUUUCAUUUCUUCUCAAAAGAUGAGACUUGAUUUUACAUUUAUUCUAUUUCUGCUGCAUUUUUUAAAAAAAUUAUAUCUUCAGUCAUUGUAUCUAAUGUGCCCACUAACAGUCGCUGAGAUUAUACAUAUUAUAUAAUAUCCAGGGGGUUACAAAUUAUAAAAAUUUAGUCACUGUUAUGGUUGUUAUAGGAAUGAGUGAUUGUUGCCACACUUAGCGAGAUUUAAUCUUCACACAGUAUUCAGGAAGCAGAAUUUAACAGAAUAAUUAUCAAAAGUCUAAAAGACAGAGAAAAGAUAUCAACCACGUAUUAAUAUUAUAUGACAUUAUUUGAAUAUUUUUUGUAGAAAUUAUUUUUGUUUGGAGUUACAAUAAAUUCUAAAAAAUGACAUUUACAACUAUUCCAAAUGAGCAUUUUAUUACACUGAGUGUAAACCUUGCAGUAAAUAUGACUGUUAUUUGC